AUUUUGAGGAGCUACAGUGGAAAGAUGGGGGGCUUAAAUUGCUCCCCGCGGCCACACAUUGAAUUCAUCAAGAAAUGAGAAAUACAACAACAGAAAAUUGAGGCGUUUAGAGGCAUUUUUGCUACCAGAAUUCUUUUCAAUCUCAGCCCCCGCUGUCAGCUCGCCCGCUCUCUCCGAAUCCCUGAACACCCAGUCUUUUGCCAUGGAGAAAUUUGCUUCUUCUUUUGGGUAGGUUCUGCUUCUGUUUGCUUUUCUGUUGUCAAAUUCAAUUUUUGGCUUUUCUUUGGCUUGUUUGGGAUGUUUUGAUCCGUUCGCUCGAUAGUUUUUUGGGAUGUCGAGAGUUCGAAUCUUGCGGAGAAUAUGAUCUUUGGAUGUUAUUUUGGAAUCCUUGGGUUUUAUUCUACAGCAAGUCGCUAGAUAGCGAGGAUCAAUUGGACUUUUUGGUUUUUGGUUUUUUAAAUCUGUUUUGUUCUUUUGUUCCUGAAAUCUUCGUUGCAGUCAUUCGAAUUCCUCCUUUUAUUUGGAUUAGAUUUGAUUUCUCAGUAGACUUCUGGUAAGAAUUCCACUUUUUAGUUAGCGAAUUCUAGAAGUGUUGAGAGCUAAGCUACUAGUAUUUUUUCUGUCCCAUUGAGCACUUUUAGUUAACUGUGGACAUUGAUAGAAUUUUCUUCUUCUCUUUUUCCCAAAAUCUCUUCUAGAUAACCUGGAUAGAAGAUAUUUUGUCUAGGCUAGGUUCCUCUAUAUCCGGGAAGUUUCAAAUUUCUUUCUCUGUUUUCUUUUUAAGCUUUUUGUUUCUGCAUCCCUACAUAUAACCUUUGGGAGAGCGGGCAGCUGGCACGGUGGGUCUGAUCGAUAUUCAGGACAGAGCUAGAUUGAUCUUUUUCUGAGUGUUUUAAUGGCAUCUGCCAGGAGAACCAUGCAGGAAAUUUAUGCAUCUUCUUCCACAGGGACAGAAGAUAGGUCGCAUCCUGAGAACAAAAUCACAGACUCUCCGCAGGGUUUUCAAAGAACCCAAUUGAUUCAAAGCCUUGAACCGAAGUCUGUGGGUAUUUCAGACCAGGUUUCGUGCUCUAGGCAGACAGCAGGGAGAGAUGUUUCUGCAAAUCAUUUGCAGAGCUUUUCUUUUCCUCCUUGUCCUUCGCUUCCUCCUAUUCCUACUACUACAACAUCAUCAUCAUCACAAUUAAUUUCGUUUUCUUCGAAUUAUCCACAGGUUGGCUUUACUUCUCCCUCAUUUUCAGCAAUUGAGAAUUCACCACGCUGUUCAGAGGUGUUUACUUGGAACCAGAUCAUGCAGGGUUUUCCCCUACAGCAACAGACACUAUCAUUUCAGCCACAGAUGUUUCCUACUGCUGAAUUGCAGAGGCCGGUCCAGCAGCAGCAGCAACAGCAGGUUCAAUCAGGGUUUCCUUUGAUAAUCCUGAAUAAUAACCAGCAGCAGUUGCAGCAGCAGUACCAGCAGCAGCAAUAUCAGCAGCAACUUUAUCGGCAUUGGAGUGAUGCUCUGAAUUUGAGUCCAAGGGGUCAGAUGAUGAAACAUGGAAAGAAUGACAGAAGAGGGUUUGGUUUGCCUCGUCCAAUGAAACUUUACAGAGGAGUCAGACAGAGGCACUGGGGGAAAUGGGUUGCUGAGAUUCGCCUACCCAGGAAUCGAACCAGGCUCUGGCUGGGCACCUUUGACACCGCCGAAGAAGCUGCUUAUGCAUAUGAUCAGGAGGCUUUCAAAUUGAGAGGUGAGAAUGCUCGUCUCAAUUUUCCACAUCUGUUUCUUAACAAGGCCUCUUCCGUUCCCAAGGCUGCUUGUACCGCUGAGGAGGACAGUUCGCAGCAAAAACCCGAUGGAGGAAGAGCUCAUAGCCCCUCCACUAGCGCUUUGACUGCAAUUACUGCUUCCCAGUCGGAUUCCACUGCAGCUGAGGGUGUUUCAGACAGUGUGCAGGCUAAAUUUAUGGAUUUAGAGGUGAAAGCUGAUCCAGAAAAGUCUACAUAUGAAGCCAAUCCAAUGUUGGCUGGUCAUGUAGAAUCUGGAUCUGAGGACAUUGUCAAAAGUGAGCCUCAUGAUCUUCAAGUCCAUACUUGGCCUACCUCCCCUGAUUUUAUGUGGGGAGAUCUGGAUGAGAACUGGUUGACUAGUGUUUCACCGUUGGAAACAGAUUUGACAUGGGAUAUGCUUUCUACCACUCAAAUUGGCGGUAUUGCAGAGCCAGAAAAAACAGAACAGAAACUUGAGACUCAAGGACAAGCAUCUAUGGUGGCCUAUUCUCCACCCAGGCAGAUGUAUGUUUGGAGAGACUGCAAGUAGCUGCGUAACAGGUGAUUUUCACAAGCAACAGGAUGUGGGAGCACUGAUUAAUGGGAAUUUAAAGGGGUGUUUGCUGGAUCACUGAACUGUGUAGGGUAGAAACUUUAGUCUGCAUCUUUUCCCUUUUCAAAAUAGCUAUUUAGUUACCUUGAUGCAUUACCCUCCUUGCCUGAUUCUGUGAGAUAUCCUCAGGUUGCAGUUUUUGAGCCAACAUGUGGAUUCUCUUAGAUCUAGAAGUCCAAUAAUCUCUUUCAUGACCAAGACCCUGUGAAGUUUGAUUUCCAGUGUCUUUUGCAUCUGAUUUGGCUGGUUUUUUUUAGCCUGUCAAUGUAUAGCCCACUCUAAUAGGAGAUUAGUAUUCCCCAUAGCAGUGCACAUCCAUUAAUGAAUUUGAAUUUUAGGAGUUCAAUCAUCCACCCAAAUCUUAGAACAGUUCUAACAGUGAUCUGGUUAUUCCCCCCCCUGGCGAUUUCUCAUUUAACAGAGAGCUCCCACCCAUCUCAUUGCUACAUCGAAAAUCCAGUGCAACAGCAAUAAAGAAGCAGAGUUUCAAGCCUGAGGAUGGUGAAGGAGGUUCUGAGUCUCAAGUUUCAACAGCAGAACAGCUAUGUUAAUUAUUAGAGUAGAAUCAUACAGCAGAUUGGGAAGAUAGUUUUCAUUUCUUCUUAAUCCCACUACUUUCAGAUUUGCAUAUGUUGUAGGAGUGAAAAAUUCAUCUUUGUAUCUCUUACAUUAAUUUCUGUAAUCUCAUUGGCUAUAGAUUUUUGAUGAUGCAUAUGAUGGAGGAGUAAAGUUCUUCUUUGUAUUUCUUGUAUUAAUAUCUGUAAUCACAUUGGGUAUAAUCUGUGGUACUAUUAUAGCAAUAUGAUAUAUCUAUACUAGCAUUUUUCA